GCAGAAGAGCUGGAGGCACUGCUCGAGACGUGGGACUCACGGGCUUGCCCCUACCAGCAGCUGGCUCAAGUCAGCCGCAUCAGGUCACUGCAGGGGGCCAUAUACCAGGGAAGCGUGCUGGUGGAGGCGAGGCAAACCUCACAACAACAGAGGCUUUUUAUGCCAACAGUCGCAGCCUGGCAUGCGGCCUCCUGGUUCGCGAACUCGUUUAACCCAAUAGAGUCCUUUCCUAGGGUCGCCAAGCUUCAGCACAUGAUGGGCGAAGCGUAUCGUGUCAAGUGCGCAGCGAUUGAAAGCGACAACGUAACACACAUGAAGCAAGCUGCGUCGUAUUUCACGGAGGUUACAGGCGCUCUUGGUGCUAUGCUAGCUAUUGUGAAAGGGCAUGAGAAGCUUCCACAGGCUCUCAAAACAAGCUGUGGAAGCUUCCUGGAUAUAGGCUUUAACGACUCACUGGCACAGGAUCCCGCCCUUGCAACAGCAGACAAGGACGAGGCACAACAAAAGCUCGAAAGUUUUCUGCGGGAAGCUCGAGAGCUGGGCAUCAAUCACUGCGGCACGUCGCCUUUCCUGGUCAUCAUGGCUCCCGCCAACUGCAUGGCCCUUGACUUUGUCAUCUUCCGCCGGGAAAAUGGAAGUUUAGUCGCCGUCCAAGUCAAGUCCAACACUCUGCUCAACCAAAAGGAUGUCGAAGAGCAGUCGAAGAAGCUGCACAAAGCAGCAGAAACGGUGAGGCAACGGAACGUGGAGUUUUUGGCGGUGCUUGGCUCCAAUUUUCCCAAAGGCUUCAUCGACGACCUAUUUUCGUUGCAGCAAGAAGACUUGGUGGCCCUCAUCCCACCCUUCCUGCGCCAUCUCUCAGGUCUUGCUGCUGGAGUACCAGGCCCUGACAGCGCCGAGUGA